UCACACCAUCCCCCACCAUCAUCAGAGUGGAAACCUAGGGGAAUAUAAUAUCGUUGUUGUUAAAGAAGAGUAUAAAGUGGAGGAUGAGGAGCGUAGUGCAACAAAGGAGCUUUCUGAAGGACACAAGGAUCUCUACAAGGACAUUAUGAUGGAGCCACCUAAUUACAGAAACCCGGAAAGUUUUUCCCGUUUUCUGUAUUACACACAGGAAGACGACACCAUCUCUUACCAUCAUCAGAUAGAUGGUGAAGAACUGAAAGUCAUCAAAGUUGAGAUUAAAGAAGAGGAAGAAGAAGAGAGGUUGGUGAGUGGAGAUCAGCAGUCUAUGGAGGAGGGGGAGAUGAUUAUGGAAAGUAAACAGGAGGAAUCUUCUCUACAUAAGGACACAAGUAAUUGUGCCCAGGAUACAUCUGAGGAACAUCUCCAGAUUUUAUCUCCAGAUUAUAAUGUAGAAGAUAAUGUCGUCACACAACGUCCUUCAGAAGUAAAUCCCAUUACAGAUAAUAGAUAUCACAGACUUCACCAUUUGGAAAUCUCUAUAGAUCCUUCUAAUCCCGAGGAAUCCUCUGAUAAAUCACAUCCCAGGACUCCAAGAUCUCCCAAUACAGAUCCAACUUUUCCCAAUGAAUCUUCUUUAAACCAGGAAGAGAUUCACACAGGAGGGAGUUCCUUCUCAUGUUCAUUGUGUGGGAAAUCCUUUACAAAAAACUGGGCACUUCUUAGACACAAAAAAAGUCACACUGGGGAACGUCCCCAUUCGUGUUCAGAGUGCGGGAAAUGUUUUGCUCAUAAAGAACACCUUCUUCAGCAUCAGAAAAUUCACACAGGUGAGCGUUCCUAUUCAUGUACAGAGUGUGGGAAAUGCUUUAUUCAGAAAGCAGACCUUUUGAGACACCGGAAAAUUCACAUGGAUGAACGUCCCUUUUCAUGUUCAGAGUGCGGGAAAUGUUUCAUUCAGAGAGGCGACCUUCUUAAACAUCAGAGAAUUCACACGGGCGAACGUCCCUUUUCGUGUUCAGAGUGCGGCAAAUGUUUCACUCAAAAACAAGUACUUGUUACCCACCAGAAAAGUCACACAGGUGAGCGUCCCCAUUCGUGUUCCGAGUGCGGGAAAUGUUUCAUUCACAAAGGAGAUCUCGUUAAGCACGAAAGAAGUCACACGGGCGAGCGUCUCUAUUCAUGUUCAGAGUGCGGGAAAUCUUUUCGACAGAAAGAACACCUUACUAUACACCAAGGAAUUCACACGGGUGAGCGUCCUUAUUCGUGUUCAGAGUGCGGGAAACGUUUCAUUCAGAAAGGAGACCUUCUUAAACAUCUGAGAAUUCACACGGGUGAGCGUCCCUUUUCAUGUUCAGAGUGUGGGAAAUGUUUCACUCAAAAAAAAGUACUUCUUACACACCAGAGAACUCACACGGGUUAGGGUUCUUAUUCUGGUUAAGGGUGUGGGAAAUGUUUCUGUCACAAAGGAGACCUUCAUAAACACCAAAGUGAACAUCGUCCAUGUUGAGUGUGCGGGAAACGUUUCAUUUGUUGAAAAUUCAUCUCCACCUCCACCUAAUAACUGAACUUUUUCUUUCUCGAUCAACUUAUCCUUUUCACAGGUAUUACUCUUUUGUAUCACUUCCCCCGCCCUUUAGAUUGUAAGCUCCCGUGAGCAGGAACCUCCCACCCGUCUUAUAUGGAAUUUUAUUUUACUGUAUUUGUACUAUUUUCCUAUAUAUUGUAAAAUGCUGGCGCUAUAUACAUCCUGUGUGGUAUCAAUAAUAAUAAUAUUCUGUUCU